AUGAAGUCCUGGAAAGCUAGUCUAGCCCUACCUUUGGGUUUUGCCCUAUUCUUCAACAUCACUACCGCGACACAGAGCACAUAUAUCCAAGCCGUAAGUAGCCCUGUCUAUCAUCAUUUGGGCUUUAUCACGGAUAUUUACUUAUGCGAUUGCAUUUCGAACGAUUAUCAUUCUGUGGACAAAAACCCGGGUAAUGGUCUCUGCCACGGACAGUACUGCAACCCGGACUGGAUCGCUGGAGGAAGCGACUUCAAAUAUAUAUCAUAUGGAACCAAAUGCAGGUUCCACGUCACGAAAAGCGUAAGCAAACAGUAUUCAAAACGGGUGUGGCCCGACGCAGAAAAAGGCGAAACUGUUGGCUAUGGGAGCUGCCCAGGUGUCAAAGGUAUUCCAGGAAUAAAGCAAGUCGAAGAUCACGCAGGUUUUUGUUUGUCACUUAUCCCCUUUUCGAUCAGCUGUGAAGAUCGAGUGGUAACCCACCUGCAAUAUGUGCUCAACACCGGAGAAUUCGAAUUGCGCGUAGUAUUUCCCCUCUUCUCUAUUUUGAAAUUUUUGAAAAAUGUUGUAAGACGCACUGUUAAGGCAGUGGCGCUUAAAGGAUUUGUUUUUGUCAAGCGCGAAGAGUGGGACUUGAACAUAGGCAUAGGGAGAUAUAGAGUAGUAACUUCUGUAGACUCCGAUGAAGUUGUGGUGAUUGUCAUUCAAAUGCCUGAAGCUGCAGCGCAUCACAGCACAGCACCGUACGCCGCAUUGCCAAAUUGUAACGAUUCUCAUGAAUCGCUCCAUCUCGGGUCGCCGGAACUUCCGGAAGGCUUCCGUAUCGGCCCCGACCCCAACCUGGCCCCAACCCCUGCUGUUACCCCUAUUCCCUCAUGUAUUUAG